AUGGAUAUGAAUCAAACUCGGCUCGGAAAUCAUGUAUGGGAAGUUGAGAUGGCGAAUAUGGAAGAGCAAAUCCUCCAUGACCCGAUUUGCACCUUCAAUUCCCUCUUUCCGAGCUAUAACUUCCCUCUUCAAACGCCGCAAAUCGCUUCAUCGUCAGCAGCAAACCACCACUUGUCUUCUUCGAGUGUUUUCGCUGAACAGAUGCAACAACAACACAACAUGGAGGAAUUGCAACAACAGCAGGAAGAGGAAGAAGAAGAGCCGGAGGAGGAGCUCGGCGCCAUGAAAGAGAUGAUGUACAGGAUCGCGGCGAUGCAGCCAGUGGACAUCGAUCCGUCCACCAUCCGGAAGCCUAAAAGGCGAAACAUCCGCAUCAGCGACGACCCCCAGAGCGUGGCAGCGCGUCACCGACGAGAAAGAAUCAGCGAAAAGAUCAGAAUUUUGCAAAGGCUUGUCCCCGGAGGCACGAAAAUGGACACGGCGUCCAUGCUGGACGAGGCCAUCCGCUAUGUCAAGUUCCUCAAGAGGCAAAUCCGGUUACUCCAGUCGAAUAAUCAACAAAAACCAUCAACACAGACGCCAUGCCUCGUGGACCGGCAACUUUCACGCCCGAAAACGAUGACGAAUAAUCCUCUCGCUUCAUCAACCAUUGCAAUCUCACACGAUCAUCACCACCAGGGCCUGACGUUCCAAGCCAGGACAAACAAUUUGUGCUUUAACCACGAGGUAAUUAGCGAAAUAAUGAGCUUAAUUAGUGAAAAAACAACUGAUUAA